AUAUUACAAAAACAAAAUAGUUAAAUUGCUGUGUAGGCAAAUCAAUUGCAUAUAUAUUUUUAAUAUUUAAAGAAAUAUGGAUUUGACCUUGUUAAUAGGUAUAGCAACGGCGUUGCUAGUAAUACUAAUUGGAUUGUUGCUUUUCCAAAAAAAAUCAACAGGAGACAAAGCAGAUAAGCCAGCACAGCGAGGAGUUCCGGUUAGGGCACAAGAGGGUAUUCCACGACGUGCCCAGAUAGCUCGAAACCAGCGUAACCGCUUGCGUCAGAACGCUGCAGCAGCUGCAGCCGCAGAUCAGGCCGCUGCUUUAGAUAAUGCCUUAGAAGCGAAUGACAACGACGAAGAUUGGGAUGAUGAUGAAACUCCGUCUGGUCCGGUCUUGGAUGAGAAAAUGGGCGCCAAGAAACGUGCCAAAAUGGAAGCAAAAGAACAAAAACGAAUAAUGCGAGAGCAAGAGCUAAAACAGCGUGAGGAGCGUAAAGUCAAGGAAGCUAAACUCGAAGCAGAACGAAAACAACAGGAAGAACGUGAGGAGGAAGUGGAACGUAAAGCAGCAGAAGCAGAGCGUUUGGCACGCGAAGAACGUGAACGUAAGGAGCAUGAGGAGUACUUAAAAAUGAAGGAAGCAUUCAAAAUUGAAGAGGAAGGUUAUGAGGAAGCCGAGGAUGCAGAAAAAGAGCAACUUUUACAAGAUUUUAUACAAUAUAUCAAAGAUAACAAAGUAAUUGUUUUGGAGGAUUUGGCAAUGGAAUUUAAACUGAAAACUCAACAAGUGAUCGAUCGUAUACAGGACUUACAAGCGAAUGGUACAUUAACGGGUGUGAUCGAUGAUCGUGGAAAGUUCAUCUACGUAUCACAAGAAGAAUUACUUGAAGUAGCAAAAUUCAUAAGACAGCGAGGGCGAGUGUCUAUAGCAGAGCUGGCUGAAAGUAGCAACAAUCUAAUUAAUUUGACACCUGUUUCGAGUGCUUAAUAGAUAUUUCAAAGAAGUUUAACAAA